AUGGCUGGCGGUGAUACUCUACCACCGCCACCACCACCAAAAAUUGAAACCAAUUCACCUUUUUAUUUAGGAGCACAUGAUAGACCGGGUGAUUUUAUCACGCCGAUUCGAUUAAAAUUGGACAACUUUGAUGCUUGGGCGCAUGCAAUAUAUGUUGCUUUGUCUUCUCAUCGAAAAUUUGGGUUCUUGGAUGGAACCAUCACCGAUUUUGUGCUGCCCGCAACCAAGGAUGAUUGGGUUGUGGUGCAAUGUAUGCUUGUGUCGUGGCUCAUGAACACGAUCGAUCCGGAGGUAAAAUCUAUGCUUUCCAAUUAUGACAAUGCUAAGCGUUUGUGGGAUGAUUUACAUGAAUGUUUUUGUGUGGUAUACGGUCCUCGUAUUCAACAAUUAAAAGCUCAAAUUAAUCGUUGUGAACAACCUAAAAAUAUGUCUGUUGCAAUUUAUUUUGGUAAAUCAAAGGUCUUGUGGGAUGAAAUUGCUAAGCUUGAACCUUUAAUUAAUUGCAAAUGUGGAAAGUGUGUUUGUGAUAUUAGUCGACAACAUGAAAAACGCCGUGAGGAUGAUCGACUGCAACAGUUUCUGCUUGGUCUUUGUUCUGAGUAUUAUGCUCAAACAAGGUCCAAUAUUUUGGCUCAAGAUCCCUUACCUACGUUGAACAAAGCCUAUCAACAGGUUUUGCAAGAAGAGCUUGUGUGUGGCUUUGAUCGUGUUCGAGAGGACCCGCCUCCUGCCGUGGGGUUUGCUGUCCGUACAGGAGCUGGAAGUCGUGGGGGGAAGUCCUCUAGUGAUCGUAGUCAAGGGCCGGCACGUGCUAAUGCUGUCUCGGGUUCGAAUACUUCCUCUCAAGGUCAAGUGUUUUCAAGCGAACAAUGGAAAACAAGUACGGGUUUGUUUUGUAAUGCCAAAGUUUUUGAAAAUCUCUUGAAUGGUAAGUUUGAUGUUUCUUCUUGGAUUAUUGACACAGGGGCUACACACCAUGUUACACGAGAAAAGGCUUGGUUGUUUGAUACAAAAAAUUUUGAGUGUCCCGUUGGUUUACCUAACGGAGAUACUGUGGACCAAACGAAGGAGCAGAUUGGAACGGGAGCUAGGAGAGACAAACUAUAUUAUUUUAGCACUUCGGAUACGAUGAACCAUGUCGGUGUUGAAGUAACCUUAAGUUUGGAAUUUUGGCAUCGUCGUAUGGGUCAUCCUUCCGAUAAAGUAGUUAAGUUGCUUCCUCAUGUUAGUAGUAAUAAAGAGAGUCUUGAUAAGGGGUGUGAAGUGUGUAUGCGUGCUAAACAUCGUAGAGACAAAUUUCCUUUAAGUGACAGUAGAGCUUCUAGGAUUUUUGAGAAAAUACAUUGUGAUUUGUGGGAUCUAUAUCGACAUGCUUCGUCGUGUGGAGCUCGUUAUUUUUUUACUAUUGUGGAUGAUUAUUCUAAGGCGGUUUGGAUUUAUUUGUUGGUUGAUAAAACCGAAGUUUUUCGAAUGUUUUUGUCUUUUGUUGCAAUGGUUGAUAGGCAAUUUUCCCAAACUAUUAAAAUUGUGCAAAGUGAUAAUGGUACGGAGUUUAAUUUGUUGCUUGAUUAUUUUCAUGGUACUGGAAUUAUUUUUCAAACCUCUUGUGUGGGAACUCCACAACAAAACGGGAGGGUUGAGAGAAAACACAAACAUAUUCUUGAGGUAGGGAGAGCAUUAAGGUUUCAAGAUGUCAAGUUUGUAGAGGGUAUAUUUCCGUUUGGUAGCCCGGAGGAUGUGAAUAUAGUGUCCAUGGAAUUUGGUCAAAGCAAUGAAGUUCAUGAUGAUUUUUUGGGGUGUGAAAUGCUUCAUGAGAACGAGAUUUACACAGGGGAUACAAAUGCUGAUUUAUUACUUAAUGAUCAAGGGGACACGGGUCAUGCCGCGCCUCACACAGACCUGGCCGCGACCAGGCCGUGGGACGAUGAUCCCAGCCGCGACCAGGCUACGAACCAGCCUGCCCAACAGUCUGUUCUGCGAGACACAACCCAGUCCGAAACCAGGCUGCGGGAGACUGAUCCAAGCCACAACCUGCCUAGCAGUGCUGCUACUGCUUCUCCGCCACCCACCACCGAGCAUGAACAAGGUAUUGAGGCCUUAGGAAAGGGGUUUCGCGAGAAAAUUCCAUCGGUCAAGCUUCAUGGUUCUGGGACUUAUUCCUUUAUUGCAGCAGUUGUUCAGGGAAAGGAUCCAAAAUCCUUCAAAGAGGCUAUGCAAUAUGAGGGUUGGAGAAGGUCUAUGAAAGAAGAGAUACAUGCUUUAGAGGACAAUGGUACUUGGUCCUUAGAGCAAUUUCCGAUCCCCCCGCAUCUAAGAAUUGGGAACUGCAUCAGAUGGAUGUUCACAAUGCCUUUUUUACAUGGUGAUUUUGAUGAGGAGGCAUACAUAAAAUUGCCUCCAGGUUUUGAGAGCUCGGAUUCUUCAUUGGUGUGUUGUUUGAGGAAGUAUUUGUACGGUUUGAAACAGGCUCCAAGGUGUUGGUAUGCAAAGCUCACUACUAUUUUGAAAGGGUAUGGUUUUACACAAUCUUAUUCUGAUUAUUCUCUUUUCACGUACUUUAAAAGGGAUAUUCAAAUUAAUGUUUUGGUGUAUGUUGUUGAUCUUAUUAUUUCUGGGAAUAAUUGCGAUGCGUUGGUGGUGUUCAAGUCUUAUUUGUGUGAUUGUUUUAAGAUGAAGGACCUGGGUCCUUUGAAAUAUUUUUUGGGCAUCGAGGUUGCUCGUAAUCCUUCUGGUUUGUUUUUGUGCCAAAGAAAGUACACCUUGGAUAUUAUUUCUGAGGCUGGAUUGUUGGGGGCUAAACCGUGUGGGUUUCCUAUGUAG